UACGGCCCGACAUCGGAUCGCAUACCGAUUGGUAAUUCAUUGUACCCUAAAUGGGAUGCAAGAAACCCGAGGUUAGGACGCGUAGACAUCGACAACGCCGGCAACAAACAGGUAGUGUUCGGUCAUUACCAGAGCACCCGUUUGACCAAAAUUGGUCCCACGAUUCUUGUGGACCGAUCGGCCACAGCCUUCUUCACCGGCGGCUCUCUCGCAGAUUUCAUGUAUAGCAUGAAAGACCAAUUGGCGCAACGCGUGCGCGACCAGAGAAAACUCUUUGAGAUUCUCGCCAAAGAGUCCAAAGGUUUGCGGGUAUACACUGACCACUUAGGUUACCGGCGAUCGUAUACUAUUAAAGGCCUGUCCGACAAUCCGCCCGAUCGGCAAACAUUUGAAUUGGACGAAAACGGCCGCAAACGAUCCGUUUCUGUCAAAGAGUACUUUAAGUCUCAGUAUAAAAAGGAUAUUACGGAUAUGGGUCUGCCCUGUCUUAUACCACAGGCCAGCAAAUUGAUC